AUGGCCCAGCCGACGACAACGGCGACGAGACUGUCGCCGGCGCAUUCGAUGUCGUCGCUGCAUCUGGUAGAGGCUUCUUCUGGAGGCGUAGUAGACUGGAUGGCCAGCGGGCCGGGCUCGUCGCUCGAUCCGCGGUCGUCGUCGACGCAGUCCCUGGCGCCCUCGGAGCGCGAGCAGCGGCGCACCCUCCUCAUCAUCUACGUGCAUGGCUUCAUGGGUGACGACUCGUCCUUCCGCUCGUUCCCAGCCCAUGUCCAUAACUUCCUCAAGAGCGUGCUGGCCGACACCCAUGUCAUUCACUCCAAGAUCUACCCCCGCUACAAGACGUACAAGGCCAUCGAAGUGGCCACGGACAACUUCAGCACCUGGCUCGAGCCCCACGAGUCUCCGACUACCGAUAUAAUUCUCGUCGGCCACUCCAUGGGCGGGCUUUUGGCUGCCGAUGUCGUGCUGCAGCCAACUCAACCCCCCGUGUAUGGAUCUCCAUUCCGCCACCGAAUCUUGGGUACCAUUUCGCUAGAUGCGCCGCUGCUCGGCCUGCAUCCGGGCAUCGUUGUUUCGGGCAUCACGAGUCUCUUUCGUCCUGCCCCCGGCCUGCCCCCCGCACCCGGGAGGGCGGAGGGUUUAACACCCGGCUUUGCACCCGCAGGGCCCUGCUCGCCUAAUCUCUCCAUCUACUCAGAGCAAACUUCCUCUUCCCCGUCACAAUCACUGGGGGGAAUGUCAACUCCGAGCCUGAUGACAAGUACAUCCUCCUCGAGUGCACAGCCCCAGGGCCUUGAUCCUUUCUUCAACCCCGCCUUCUUCAACGAUGCGUCCUUUGUAGACCGAGGGUGGCUGAAGAACGUGGUCCAUUUUGCGCAGAAGCACAAAGCUGAGAACCUGUUCGGGGCGGCCGCGAGCCACAUUCUUUCGCAUCUCGAGUUUGGCGGCUGCCUGGCCGACUAUUCGGGGCUGAAGUUGAGGUAUACCAAGCUGAGAAAGCUUGAGGACGUAAACGACCUCAACCCACUAAGCGGUGGCAUCCGGGUCCGUUUUAUCAACUACUACACCAUAUCAACGGGGAUACCGAAAAAGAAGCAGCCAGGCUACUUUCCGGACACGAAGUCGCUCGACGCCGGAGCCUCGCAGCCAGUGACUCCAAGGAUAUUGAUCAAGAACCACAGCGACAGCGGCGUGAGUCCCGCGGCUCUUGAGAUGCUUGAGCCCAUACCAGAGCCAGAAUCACCCGACCGGACUCCUGCAGCACUUUGGCAAGAAUCCCAGCUCUCUCUCCAACCCGCAGAAGCGAUCGAAACCGAAGCAUUCGGCGAUCCAGACGCCCUCGCGCUGCCGCCGAUCCCGAACCUUCCCAGUCCUCCACCUGCAGCACCAGACUUUACCAGCAUCCAGGACAAGGAAGCGCGGAAGCAGGCCGAAAAGGAGGCGAAGCGGGCGCAAAAGGCGUACGAGCAGGCUGUCAAGAGCCGGGAAAAGACGAUCAAGGAGCGGCAGAAGCUGGCCGAGAAGCAGCGGCGCAAGGGGCUCAAGGACGCCGAGAAGCGCGAGCGCGACGCGCAGAAGGAGCGCGACAAGCUCGAGCAGAAGGAGCAGAAGAGGCUCCAAAAGGAAGAGCAGGCAGCAUUGAAACAGCAGCAACAGCAGGCAUCGCAGGGGGGGGGAGGAGAAUCCGGGGAGGCAGCAGCAGCAGCCGAGCCCAAGAAGAAGCUGCGCAAGUUCUGCAUGCUGCCUGGCAAGAACAGCAGCACGGGCGAGCGCGACACGGCGUGGGUGCCGGUACACAUGGAGGGCGUGGACGAGGUCGGCGCCCACUGCGGCCUGUUCUUCGCCGAGGGCGCCCACUACGAGAAGCUAGUCAGCGACGUGGGCACUCGCAUCGCCGCGUGGGUGCACGAGGACGCCUCGCGGCGCGCCAUAGCGGAUCUUGACUGAGAUUUAUUGUACAACAGUAAAGGUCGGUGAGAGCAGAAGCGUGAGGUAGUGGAGAUAGCAGUAUCGAGUACAUAAGGCGCGUGCAACGUACAUAGCAAGCAGCAGUAUUUACAGAAUUGAUGCCUACG